CAAGGGCCACUGCCAGGCAGGGUGUGCAGCUUCCGCCACGUUCUAAAGCAUUGCAAUGCGGAACUCUGUGGCUAAUUAAUUUCUUAGGCGUUUCUACACUGGCUGUUAAUUAAAAAACCAGAAAACUCCAUUAACACAUCCUUAAAGGGCAAGUGCUUUACCGCAGGUCAAGUUUAAACAGCUAAGCCAUGAUGUAAACAUACCCUUCCUUAGAAGCUACAUAUUUCCAUGAUGGAGCUCCUUUUAAGCAGGUUUAUCUGUGAACGCCUUCCCAGACUGGCUGAUUUUUAACCCUAUAAUAUAUUGGAUAAUAUAUACUUUAAGUUAGUGCAAGCACCUUUUAUAUGCCAAAACAAGCAAUGAAAAAAAGCUACUUUGUUAACUUCUCUGAUGUGUUACGUUUAAACACACUUUUUAGUAUGUGGGUUAAAAAUUGCCUGCUGUAGGUAAAAGGUGCUUUCAGCAAUUCGUGCAAUUUAAGAAUUAAAUGAUCAGGCCAGCUCAUGAGAAGAGCAUUUUGAUUUCUGCAUUUUUAAUUGCAAUUUAUGCAAUGUUGUGUUUGUUUGGGUUUUUUUGCUAUCAUAAAUGUGAUUGUUUUCUUUAAAAUGUUGACAGUCAUGUCUACUGUUUCUUGCUAAUAUUAGAUUUUCUUUCUUUGUUGUUUCUAAGAUUGCCCGAGCUAAAAUAAAAAGAAUCCUCUUUUAGCUCUCAAAAAUAGAGGACUGGCUUAGACAAUUAAAGACAGGGUUUAGAAUGAAAACAAAUUUCUGCUUUACCUUCUCCCUGACUUCUGUGUUUGGUCUGCACAAGUACAGUACUAACAGCGGAACCUAUGAGAGUUACACUGGUACCUCCAAAUCUUGUCUCAGAGAUGAGUCCCACAGCUCCCUGCAAAGUAAUUGGUCUAAUUAGGUGGUAGGAAGGAGCUUCUUUAAAUUCCUCAGAAAUUAAGACGUGUCAUCCGCUUAACAUCUUAGCAUCUGUUACUGCCGCUUGCACAUUUCUGCACUACAUCAGGCUGAAGGACACUUUCCUGGACAUUUCAGAGAGAAAAAAAAAAAAACCCCAAGCCCCUAUAAUAGAGGAGAAAUUGGCUCUUUCUUCAGUGGGAUGAAGCAUGUAAGGCAUUUCAACCCCUCCUUAUUUCUCAGUUUGGUGCAUGUUUGCCUGGGUGAGUACAAUAAUCACUUUGUUAAGUAAAAAUAUAGGAGAAUAAAAACAUAACCUUAACUCCUGUAGUAAUCCUUACUGAUGUGGUAAUGUUGUCCUGAAAUAUUUUCCUUGGCAAAUGAUCCCUGUGCAGUUGUUACCCUCUGUGUUUAUAUAUUUGGAGACUUGUUUCAAAUGGGCUAUUUUGAAUCUCUAACAGUCAGUCAGUAGAAUGACAACUAAUUUGUUGUUUCUUGUUUUUUUUUUUUAACUUUGCUGUUGUCUGGCAGCAAUUCAGGCAAACUAUGCCCCCUAUUUCUUUGACAAUGGAGCCAGAAGCACGAACGGGAACAUGGCACUCCUCAGCCUUUCAGAGGACACACCUGUUGGUACCCAUGUGUACACUCUGAAUGGAACUGAUCCAGAAGGGGAUCCCGUGACAUAUGACCUGACCUAUGAAGCUGGAUCAAGACGCUACUUUUCUGUUGACAAGGACCUUGGAAAUGUGACGCUGAUCGAGGAGCUUGACAGAGAGAAGGAAGAUGAGAUUGAAGUUAUUGUCAGUAUUUCAGAUGGCCUGAGUACAGUUUCUGAAAAAGUCAGGAUCCUUGUAAUGGAUGCUAAUGAUGAGAGCCCAGAGUUCAUCAAUACACCUUACAUAGUCGGAGUCCCAGAGAACACUCCCUCCAGCAGCAGUAUCUUUAAGAUUGAGGCAGUAGACAAAGACACGGGUUCUGGAGGAAGUGUCACCUACUUCUUGCAGAACAUUCAUGCUAAUAAGUUUACAAUAGACCGUCACAGUGGAGUGCUGCGCAUCAAAACAGGGGUCACCCUGGACUAUGAGAAAUCAAGAACGCAUUUUGUUGUCGUCGUAGCCAAGGAUGGUGGUGGGAAGCUCAGGGGAGACAACAAAGUGUUUUCAGCCACAACUACAGUUACUAUCAAUGUGGAGGAUGUUCAGGACACUCCUCCCAUGUUCAUCGGGACUCCCUACUACGGAUAUGUCUAUGAGGAUACACUUGCAGGCUCUGAGGUCCUUACUGUUGUUGCUCUUGAUGGAGACAGAGGAAAGCCUAACAGUAUUCAUUACUGCAUCGUGAACGGAAGCGAAGAUUCGUUUGAAAUCAGCAACACAACUGGAGCCAUUUCUGUGAUAAAAAGCCCAAAUCAGCUCAAGAAAGAAGUGUAUGAGCUAAAAGUUCAGGCAUCAGAAGUCAGUCAGGAAGGUGACAUCUCUGAGCACGUUUUUGCCGUGGUGACUAUACGUGUGGUCGACCUCAACAACCACCCACCAACGUUCUAUGGAGAAAAUGGUCCCCAGAACAGGUUUGAACUGACCAUGUACGAGCAUCCCCCAGAGGGUGAAAUCUUAAGGGGACUGAAGAUCACAGUCAGUGAUUCAGAUCAGGGAGCCAAUGCUAAAUUCAACCUCCGUCUUAUUGGACCUGGUGGCAUCUUCCGAGUGGUUCCCCAAACUGUCCUGAAUGAGGCUCAGGUUACAAUAAUAGUGGAAAAUUCUGCUGCUAUUGACUUUGAAAAUUUCAAGGUGUUAACCUUCAAGCUUCUUGCGAUAGAGGUGAACACACCGGAGAAAUUCAGCUCCACGGCUGACAUAGUGAUUCGCUUGCUGGACACCAACGACAAUGUCCCUAAGUUCUCCUCUGACUACUACAUUGCCAGGAUCCCCGAGAACUCUCCAGGGGGCUCAAAUGUGGUUGCUGUUACAGCUACAGAUCCAGAUUCAGGGCUCUGGGGAGAAAUCAAGUACUCUAUCUAUGGAACAGGAGCAGAUCUGUUCCUAAUCCACCCAUCAACAGGCAUAAUUUAUACCCAGCCCUGGGCUGUGUUAGAUGCUGAAGUGAACUCAAAGUAUAAUUUCUAUGUGAAAGCAGAGGACACAGAUGGAAAAUACAGCUUGGCUGAAGUGUUUAUCACUGUGCUAGAUGUCAAUGACCACUCUCCAGAGUUCAAUGAAAACAUCCAGGAGAAGACAAUGAUCAUUGGGUCACCGGUGAAGAUAGAGGCUAUAGAUCAAGAUGCAGAAGAACCCAACAACAUCGUGGAUUACUCCAUCAUGCAAGCAGACCCAGCCAACGUGUUUGAUAUAGACCAAAGCACUGGGGAAAUCAAGCUGAAAUCCUAUAUCCGUUCCCUGGACAUCAUCCACAACAUCACAAAAAACAAAGACUGCAUAUGGUCAUUGGUGGUACAGGCCAAAGACCGAGGCUCCCCAUCCUUCAGUACCACAGCAGUUCUGAAGAUCGAUAUCACAGAAGAGACUCUUCACAAAGGGCCUAUGGCCGCCUUUUUGAUGCAAACUAAAGAUAACCCCAUGAAAGCCUUAGGAGUGCUAGCUGGUGUCAUGGGCAUAAUGGUGCUGAUAACUAUCAUGAUCUCUACUGCCAUGUUCUGGCGCAACAAGCGGUCCAGCAAAAUCAUGCCGGUAAGAAGGAUCAUAAAAAAGAGACAGAUCCCGCCAUCCCGGACAGUCAGGAUGGACUGGCUGAAGUUCAAGAGGCCCAGCAAUGCUGCAGAGAAGUUUGUCGUUGAGGAUGAUGUCAAGAGCCUACCUGAGAACAAUGAGAAUAGCAACAACAACAUCCAAGUUGCCCCUGUGCUGCCAUCAGCCCCCUUGCCCCCGCCACCCCCUGCCCUGGCUCCCAGGAGCGAUGCCCCAGGGUGGCAGGUGCCAACCGUGUCCGGCUCCCUCACUCCCAAGCAUAUAAUCAAACCACCAAAGAAGAGAGGUCAUGGCAGCACCCACAACGCCCUCGUGUCGGAACUCAAAAUGAGGUUUGAGAAGAGGAACGCAGCUACUGGGGAGCCCCACAUCUAGGUGCUCCCUGCAGCCCCCAGAGACUGCAGACUAUGGCUGUGCAUGGAUGUAUUUAUGUACUGUGAUCUUCCUCCUGUCUGUCAGCACCCUGUGAACCAAGAGCAGCUCCUCACUGUGAUAGCCACCCCUCACCUUCCACAAGGACCACAUGCUACAGUCACCCCUCCCACAGAAGUGCUGCAGUCUGUGUCCAGUCUCAACUGCAGUUCCUUCAGCACGUGUCCCACUGCUGCUCCCUCCCUGCAGCUGUCUGACCAUGGUGCUGAGUACAACAGCCACAAUCUCCCCAGGUGAACAGGGAUUCAGGUUUCCCCCGGUUUGGAGGUCUUUACCCAGAACCUGGGUUUUCAAACAAGAUGCUCUGCAGUCAAGGCUGCCCUGGAAGAUGCUGCUUCAAAGCUGGUCUGAGCUGGGUUUGAGGUGUCCAAAAUCCCACCACUUCAAAUCCCAGACCCACUUUUGAAGACAUUGGCCUGGCUGUGGCAUGAGCACCGAGUCAAUGUGCAGGUCUCCUACAGCAGUGACACUGCCCUGUCUCAGGCCAUAGCAUGCUUUGCAACAGCUGGCGGAGUGAUGUGCUCGUGGCCUGAGUACCUUCAUUCCCAAAAGGUAAGCAGGCAGGUUUGGAGAAGUUCUUCAUUUUCCUGCAGCUUAUGCUGGGUUUUGCCAGAGUGCAUUGACAUGAUGCUGCGCUUUGCUUCUGCCCUGGACUUGCCUGCUGAGGAGGAGACAGGAGGGGCUUUUCAGCCUUCCCUAGGCCAGCUGGGGCAAGAAGCUCAGAAGCAACACUCUUGGUACUGCCUCCUUCUGACUCUGAGCCUCAGAAAAGGAGGAACCCAGCAGGAGAAGGGCAUGAAUAAAUCCACAGGGAAGACAAGGUAAAAGUGAGAGUCAAACGAUAAGUGAAAAAUACAGACAAGUGCUGGAAAGUUGCAUAUGUUGGUCAGGGAAGUGUCUGGAAAGAUCAUGCGGUGUUGUACACUGCUACCAGAAAGUGUCAAGGAAUAUAUUUCAUCACCUCUGCUGGCUUGUUCCAGGGACUGGUGAGUGCAAAAUGAGGUUUCCAUAAAAUAUUCUGGUUUGUCCUAUUUUUGAGUGAAUUAUGCAAAAGUUAAUGGGAAGGGGGGCAAGGAGGGUGGGAAAGUAGCUGACGCUUUUUUUUCUGUUAAGUGAGAGUAAAAACCCCUAAGGGCAGAGCACUUUUUUCACUGGAUCUACCCCAUGGUUUCUCCCUCAUGUUUGUUUCUGAGGAGAUGUUUUUCAACUGGGCAUCAGGCUGUUUCCCAUCCCCUGGGAAGAAGGCAGCAUGGACUGGGCUGGUGGGGCACCCUGCACCCUCUGCCUGAGCCCUCGCCCUGCAGAGAAGCUGUGCUGUCAUGCAUUGACACUGGGAACAUCAAGGUGGGGAAGAAACCCAACAGGAUAGGACACUUAAUUCAAAGGGUUUCUGAGAGUUGUCCAGCUGUCAUUUCAGUUAAACCAGUCGACCUGGAGUAAGAUGUCCUCUUACUCCACUAGCUGGAAAAAUACCCUUUUUUGCACUAGGACUUCAUUAGUUUAGGGGAUAGAUUGCUGGAUAAGAAGUUACCCACUUACAGGGAAAAUCCUAUAUUUUUUAACUUCAGUUCAAUCCACCUAGAAGCCAGAGGGUGACCGUGGCUCCUUACCCAUGGGCUGAGCCAGCAGCUGUAACCAAGAGGUACAGCAGUGUCACAGCUGGGAGCCAUGACAGCAGCGCUGCACCCAGAACCUCUCCUGUCAUGUCUCUCCUUUUCUCCACAGUUUUCUUGCUUAUCCCCCAUCCCUGGGGCAGUGUGGCAGUGAUGUUGUGUGCAGUCAUCUUGUCCUCAUCCCCUGACCGUGAGCUGGUCGGUGGAACCCCUCUCUUGCUGCCCUGUGCAAGCACACGCCUUCUGCUGGUUGUGUCUCCCCAGGGUCUGCAAUGUUUCCUGAGGUACCAAAAGUCUGUUGUUUAUUCCCCAUACUACUGUCUUCCUAAUGUUGUUUUAAAGCCAGUAUUCAGUGUGCAUUCUCUAAUGAGGAAAGCCUAUAAAGACCAUUCAAUUAAGUGAGAUUUAAUAGGAAUUACAGGCUUAUAGUCUUAGAGAUUAUAUUUAAGAGGCAAUAAAGAUGUUUUAUUACUAUGUUGUAAGGUUCUUUCCAAGUUACUCUGUAUUUCCACUU